AGCCAAUCUGGCAACCCAUGCCCUGGUCCUCGGCUCUCCUCAACUUGUUCAAACUCCCUCACGCUCCGAAAUUUUCCCACAUCAGCCCCAAAAUGGCCUCCUUGCAGUUCUCUGUAAGUUUCGCUCUGGUUCUCGGUUUGUUCUCGACGGUUCUGGCUCAGUAUGAGAAGUACAGCUUCCGCAGCUUUCCGCGUCACGAGCUCAUGCCACUGGACUCGGCGUACAGGCACGCGCUGGACCAAUACACCACGGAGAAGUGGCCGGAGACUGUGGAGUAUCUGGAAGUGAGCCUCCGCUUGUACCGGCUCCUCCGAGACAGCGAGGCCUUCUGCAACCUGAACUGCAGCUCUGCGCGCCUGGACUCAGAGGAGCGCUUCUCCGACUUCCCCGAGCUGCGCGCUUUCGGGAACGUGAUGAAGCGCGCUCAGUGUCUCAAGCGCUGCAAGCAGGGCCUCCCAGCCUUCCGCCAGACUCUUCCCAGCAGAGAAACCAUGGACGAGUUCGAGAGACGAGAACCUUACAGAUACCUGCAGUUUGCUUACUUUAAGAGCAAUAACCUGGCAAAAGCUGUGUCUGCUGCACACACCUUCCUAGUGAAACAUCCUGAUGAUGAAAUGAUGCAGAGGAAUAUGAACUACUACAAGAGUUUACCUGGAGCCGAAGAGCAUCUUAAAGACCUGGAGACCAGAUCAUAUGAGAUGCUGUUUGUUCGAUCAGUGCGGGCGUAUAACGGAGAUAAUUAUCGAACGUCUGUGACUGAUAUGGAGCUGGCACUACAAGACUUCUUCAAGGCUUAUGACGAAUGUAUUGCUGCCUCGGAGAGUUCCAGGGAAAUCAAAGAAUUUAAAGAUUUUUACCCCUCAAUUGCAGAUCACUACACUGAGGUUCUUGAGCGGAAGGUUCGUUGUGAGAGCAAUCUGACUCCAGUUGUUGGUGGAUAUGUUGUAGAGAAGUUUGUGGCAACCAUGUAUCACUACCUUCAGUUUGCCUAUUAUAAAUUGAAUGACUUGAAGAAUGCUGUUCCAUGUGUUGCAAGCUACAUGCUCUUUGACCCUAAUGAUGAGGUGAUGAAGAAUAACGUGGAUUAUUAUAAGUAUCACAAAGAGAAGUUGGGUCUUGCUGAUGAGGACUUCCUACCCAGAUCAGAGGCAGUCCGAUACCGUAAUCAGACAACACUACAGCUGCAGAUGUUAAAAUUUGCCAGACAAAACCUGCGGCAGGAUGACGAGGGAGAAGUCCUGGAGUUUCUAGACGAGUAUCUUGAUGCUGAAGAGGAGUAGUAUUGAAUUAAUUGUUUUAUGCACUGAAAAUAACCAAGUCAGGAUAGGAACAGAACAGUUUUGUGAACAAUGAUCUUUUUCCAGCUUAUGUUUGUAUUUAUUUUGGGUAUUGGGGUUCUUUUGUAUUCUGUAGGCACCGAACACAUGGUCCAUAUAAACAAUUUGAUAAUUGUUUGUUCCAUGAUGCCAUAAAGUACAAUCAGUGUAAUUCAGAAGGAUGAAUAAAAUUUCUGUUUGUCAUUAUUUGAAAAUAAAUCUAAAAAAUUC